AUGUCAAAUAAUAUAUACACAUCACUCACUCGCGACAUAUUGAAUAAAUCCGCAGAUCGUCGAGCAAUUGAAGGCUUUGCGCAAUCUCAUCCACCAUCAUUCUGGUCUUCAGCUUACAAUGAAUAUUGUUUCGAUGAUUCGCCAGAUGAUGUUAAUGAUAAUUUACCUAAUCUGUUUGGUACAGUAGAAUGGGAUACAUUACCAAUAGUCUAUGAACAUAAAGAGUAUGAAGAUGGAAAAUUAUUUCCUAUUUCUAUUCAUCUUAUUCAUGAUGAUCGUGCUUCAAAUUACAAGAUUGCUACGGAAGCUUAUGCUCGUGCUGUGAAUACACAUAUUCUUGCUUAUGGAACAUUUGAUUAUGAAGAUGAAAGAAUUUUCUGCUAUGCUUCGUAUCAAGAGGAUUAUUCAGUGAUUGGAAUAAUUCUCAAAGGUUGUGUAGAACCAGAUGAAAACUUCUGGAAUCCAUACUCUAAAGGAGAAGAAAUUAAGAAAACGUCAAAGCCAUCUUCACUUACUAGUUCAUAUGAUAUAAUGAUUAGUUAUUGUCAUCAAUAUAAGAAUAUGUCAUAA